AUGACUUAUGCAUCGAUUUUGGAUUUCUUGAAUGAAAAACACCCACAUGAAGAAACACGAAAAAACACCAAUUUAGUGACAGAAAAAUCUCUCUUUUUGUUCAUAUCAUUUCAAGAUUUCUUGAAUGGUAUGGAGAAAAAGUGCGGUUGUUGGUCUGUUUUAAGGCGUAGUGUUAGCUCUGGUUCUUGUAAGCCCUCUGUUGAAACAAGAAGAAACUCUGCGACCUCUUUCCCAAGAACCAGUCUUGUUUAUGAUGCAGCAACAGAAACCCGAUACUUAAAUGCUAGCAAUAGGGAGAUGUGUGCUCCUAACGAACCUCAAAACUCUUCGGAUUUGAACCCAGACAUGCUCCAGUCAGACUUGACUCAAUCAGAUAAAAAGCCGUGUCAACUUCUUCAGUUCAGUUUUCAUGAAUUGAAGUCAGCAACUGGAAAUUUCAGACCGGAUAGCAUACUGGGUGAAGGUGGAUUCGGGUUUGUUUUUAAAGGCUGGAUUGAAGAAAAUGGAACCGCUCCGGCUAAACCCGGGUCGGGUAUAACGGUCGCAGUCAAGAGUUUGAAACCGGAUGGCCUUCAAGGCCAUAGAGAAUGGGUGGCUGAGGUGGAUUUUCUUGGACAACUUCAUCAUCCAAACCUUGUUAAGCUCAUUGGAUAUUGCAUUGAAGACGAUCAACGGCUACUUGUUUACGAAUUCAUGACACGUGGAAGCCUUGAAAACCAUCUUUUUAGAAGAACCAUACCCUUACCAUGGUCUAACCGGAUCAAAAUAGCGACGGGUGCCGCUAAAGGGCUAGCUUUUCUCCAUGGUGGAACAGAACCUAUUAUUUAUAGGGAUUUCAAGACCUCAAAUAUCUUACUCGAUACAGAAUAUAACUCGAAGCUUUCGGAUUUCGGGCUAGCAAAAGCAGGACCACAAGGUGACAAAACUCAUGUCUCUACUAGGGUUGUCGGAACUUAUGGCUAUGCCGCUCCGGAGUACGUGAUGACAGGACACUUGACAUCUAAAAGCGACGUUUACAGUUUUGGAGUUGUACUUCUAGAAAUUUUGACAGGACGAAGAUCAAUGGACAAGAAACGCCCUAGUGGAGAGCAAAAUCUUGUUAUGUGGGCACGUCCAUACCUAGCUGACAAGCGAAAAGUCUAUCAAUUAGUUGAUCCUCGAUUAGAGCUAAAUUAUUCGGUUAAAGGGGUCCAAAAGGUGUCUCAAAUAGCGUACAACUGUCUGAGCCGGGAUUCAAAGGCCCGACCCACUAUGGAUGAAGUCGUUAAGACCCUAACUCCAUUGCAGGACUUGAACGACUUCGCCAUUCUAUCUUAUCAUUCUCGUAUGUCUCAACAAGGUAGGCGUAAAAAGAAAAUACCCGAAGGGACUCAAAAUGUUUCUCGUACGGGUUCAGGCAAGCAACAAUGUAAAUAGAAGUUGUAUGUUUUCGUUAUGUUGUGGCCAAAUUUGUUCGGAUUUUAAGACGCAUAUGAUGUAACUUUUGGGGUGUCAAAUAUUUGACAAAGCUAAUGUUGGAUUGAUGACUUGUAUAUUACAUUUUGAGGUUUGUACAUUCUUUAUAUUAUAGCCUAA